UGACAGCUGUACGUGGAUGCUAUGAGUCCUAGGCGUGUAGCCACCAUGCCCUACAAGAAGAGUUUGCUGGAGUCUGCGGUUAAAGCCGUCAUGGCGGGCUCCUUGUCAACGAAACAGGCGGCUAGAGUGUAUGGGGUAUCCAUGGCAUCUAUAAGCACGCAACUCAGAAGAAAAGGGUUUAGCAUUCGCAGAAAGAGAGGUCCUGUAAGUCUUGGUCAAGUCGACCAACAAGUUCUGGAAUGGCUUCAACUAAUGUCUGAGAUUGGAUGUUACUCGCUAAGGAAUCAGUUAGGUGAUAUUCUGAGAGAGGCGUUCGAAAGACUGGGUCUUCGUGACAGGCUCAUGUCAAAGAUGACCCCACAGCAACUAACCAUGAAGUUCUUGCAAAGGAAUCCAAGUGUCCCAGGUCAUUUUAUUGACAGCAAGGAUCCCGGCAUUAUCAUUACGCCAGAAGACCUCGACACUUGGUUAGCGAAGCAAGAGGAACACAUUCGUAGCACUUACAACUUCGAAAUUGCCGAUUUUCUUGUUGAAUCGAAUGCCGGGAAUGUAUUCUGUUGUUUCGAAGUCGGUUCAGUUUUCCAGAGUGCUAAGAACGCAUAUUCAAGGCUAAUAUAUAGACCGAAGGUUGAAGGCACUCUAAUGCUGAGUUUGUACUGCUGUCAAAGCGCCGAUGGGAGCUUUCUUAAACCUGUUGUAAUCGUGAAAAAUACUCAGGUUUCAAAAACAACAAUGGAUACCGAAAAUGAAGAAUGCCAUUUAUUUUACAGCAGACACGGAAAGAUGGAUUGCGAGACAGCUAUGCUAUGGAUGCAACUAAUUGACGAAGAAAUUGACCCGAAGAAAAACGACAAGCCCUUGGUAAUCUACUUAGAUCAGUUCAUUCGGCCUCUGUCUCUCGCCACUCUGGAUUUCUGCCGGCAUCGAGAAAUAAUUCUCUACUACCUCCCUGGUCACUACCCUUCAGUUAGGCUGCCUUUUGGCAUGGAUGUGUUUUACAACCUCAACGGAGAAUACGACUCGAUUCUUGCCUCUGACGACGCCAAAUUCAAUGGCUCUUCUAGAGAAAUAACUUUGGGUUUACUGAUGGACGCGUGGCGGCAGAUGGUUGCCGCGAACGCAAGCACUACGGAAUUCCAUGACUUUGGAAUAUUGCCUUUAGAUCUAUCGGCAAUGAAGAGCUUAGUUGAAACUAUAGUCCCCAUAACCAUGACACCCUCUGCGGAAAUCGCAGAUAAUUCCAAUGCUGAGAAUUCAUUGACGGAACCUGCAGCUGUGCCUCAAACGCCCACUUCACAGCCUGACGUCUCUGAGAGCUGCCAGCGCCGAGUGCCACCGUCUCAUCGGUCCAGUUCAGCUGACACGCGAGCUGCCUGUAGAGCAGGAAAAAGUUACAAGGAAGCGUCGGACUCGGAUGAACGUCAACAGCUGUCUUCCCAAGAGGAGGCUUCCUCACAAUCUCACUCUAAUCUCAGUGAUUCUAAAGAGUCAGUUCUGAAUGAAACUAACUUAAAAAUCAAGAUCCGACGUUCGAACGCAACUUCCAAUGAUUUUUGCGUAGAACCAGGGACAAACGGAGGAAAUAAUAGCCAACUACAAGAAAACCUCCCGCUUCCAUCAAAUCAAGCUUCGGGAACUGAAAAUUCAUCAUCUUGCAAGCAGUGUUGCUCCGAUCGUCGGAAAGCUCUGAAUUCAGGGGUCGUAGAAGGUCUGUUCUAUGCCCUGAAACGAAUUGAGGCUUCUUUGAGAGCCGACACUCUUCAUCUGUACAAAACUCGCUACCUUUCACCGUAUUUGAAAGACCAUCGUCCAACUGAACCCUCCUUCACAAUGUGGUGUGAAAUAAUGAAGUGCCUUGAAAUGGGACCUGAAGCAGUUCAUCAAGAUUAUAUAAUGUCCCGGAACAUGCGAAAAUUCCACCCCCCAAUGGAUUCUGACAAGACUUUGCCCAGCGAGCAAAACCCCGUCCCAUGUGUAGCUCCAGGCCUUUCUAAAGAAUCUGGAGCUAAGGCUUCUCGUACUUUGGGACAAUCUGGCAAUUGUGGAAACUGUGACCACCAUAAAAGCAUGACAUCUCAGCAUAAUUUUGACCCCGUUUCUGUUGGCGAUCCAAGUCAUUCUAUGAUGGCUCCGAACUCUCAGAAGCCAAAUGAUGUUCAUGCUUCACAUGCGACCAUGCAGCAAUAUCCGCGCAGCGUUGACGCCAACAAAAACGAUGAGAACAACAAUAACCUGCAGCUACUGUCUCACGAGCCUUCUUCCUAUAAUGGACAUGAGCUACCCUCAAAUGUGGGGUUCAACUCCCGGAUUGAGGUGCACUCGCUUUCAAACCGCCUAAACUGGGCCAGUGGCAUUCCAUCAAGAUCUGAUCGUCAAAAUCCGCAAAAUUUCACCCAUCCUUCUGCACUGCCAAUUUCUUACCAAGUCUAUGAUGAUCACGCUGCCCCAGUGAUGGUCGAGCGCCAGAUCAUGAAUCCUACUGGAGUUCCACCAGUCAAAACCUCAGAUGUUAACGGUGUGGGGGACCAGCGAUUCUCGUCCGGGAACGAGGCAGCUGCCUUUGCACAAUCCCAAGUCCUGCACCAGCGAGGCGAGGAAUCAGUGGUGUACGAUCAUGCACCUGGUGCAGAUGCCAGGAAUAUCCAGCGAAUGAAAGUCCAGAAAUUUAAUGUAGGACUUCAAGGACCUCAACUAGAACAUCAAACCUCUUCCCAAUUGGUUCAAUUCCAACAACCUCAACCAAACUUGCAAACAACCUUCCUGGCAACUCAACAAUCAUUCUACCCUGAACCAACUAAUCAUCAACUACGGUUCCCAAAUCAACCUCAUGCCAGCCACUUUCAAGAACAAGUCAACUAUCAACAAAAUACUCAACAUAUUCAACACCAAGCCGCUGCUAAGUUAUAUACAGAACAUCUUGCAGCUACUCCUUCAUCAACGGCUUUUCCUACACCGUCAACUCCGUAUAAUUUGACGUCAACCCCAAAAAACAUUCCUAUGUCGCACGCCGGCCAGCUGAUGAACUCUGCUCUCGUCGCUGAUACCUACAAGACUGUGCCAUCCCUGGGCGCAACUCAGCCAAGCGACUCCUCUGUUCACGCAGGCUUGACGAGGGCAUCCAGCGAUAUCCACAACAGAGUUUCAGCUGCAAACUUCAACGUAGAUGGCAGUUUUAGAGGGAGUGCCACCAAGCCACAUGGCGGUGCUGCCAUGUUCGAAACCUCGCAACUUGCUGGCGUUGCUGUGGAUUCUAAGAGUUCGUUGCUACCCAUGCAGUACGGCAUGGUGCCUUCGACAGGAGUUUGUGCUGGACAGAACUCUAAUGUGAUCGCCACGCAUCGCUCUAUUAGAACUUUGUAUUCUCAAGAACCUGGUCCCAUAAGAGUCGAGACUUACAACGCUGCUAGCAAUGCCUACCCAACCCUACAACAACAACAACAGUCAUUUGCGUCAUACCAGGAUUAUUUGAACGCCUCAGCUUCGUACUCACGCGUCAAUUUGAUGCCUGUGGCCGUGCCCACGUCAGAGCAGGUGUCGUCGGCCUCGUCCUACACCAACCUGUGAAAAUCAUCUGUCUUAAGUUCGAAGAUUUUUGUUCAAUUCAAUACAGAAACAUU